UGCAGCGUGGGACAUGGAAGGGCAGAGCUUUAAUCAUAACGGAAACAUGAAUCUAGCAACACACAUAUAUCUGUUUUAACUUGUAAAUUGCUACGGCAAUCUCAGUAAUUAUUAGAGACGGUAGAAUUAAGCAUCUAAAAUGUUUCGCCAUAGCAAGGUAUUAAUUACGAAACUUAAAAAUUUGAGUUUCCAGGGUUCAUGGAGAUCAAGGGGAAGCUCUGCUGUAGAGAGAGCCCUGCAGUACACAGUGGGACAGAAGAUCAGUGGGUUCACUGUUCAAGAGGUAACAGCAGUGCCGGAUUUGUUCCUAACCUCCAUUAAACUGUCCCAUGAUGCCACAGGAGCUCAGUAUCUGCAUGCAGCCCGAGACGAUUCCAACAACCUCUUCAGUGUGCAGUUUCGUACCACGCCGAUGGACAGCACCGGUGUUCCUCACAUUCUGGAGCACAUGGUUCUGUGCGGCUCUCAGCGCUUCCCCUGUAGAGACCCCUUCUUCAAGAUGCUCAACCGCUCUCUCUCCACCUUCAUGAAUGCCUUCACAGCGAGCGAUUACACGAUGUACCCGUUCUCCACCCAGAAUGCCAAAGACUUCAAGAACCUUCUGUCAGUAUAUCUAGACGCUGUCUUCUUCCCAUGUCUCAGAGAACUGGACUUCUGGCAGGAGGGCUGGAGACUGGAGCACGAGACCCCCACAGACCCCUCGAGUCGUCUGAUCUUCAAGGGUGUGGUGUUCAAUGAGAUGAAGGGAGUGUUUUCCGAUAAUGAGUGUCUGUACGCUCAGCACCUGCAGAAUAAACUCCUGCCGGAUCACACAUACGCUGUUGUGUCCAGAGGGGAACCGCUAGCUAUUCCUGACCUGACCUGGGAACAGCUCAAACAAUUCCACGCCACACACUACCACCCCAGCAAUGCACGGUUCUUCACAUACGGGGACUUACCGUUGGAGCAGCACCUGCAGCAGAUAGAAGAAGAGGCCCUGUCUAAAUUUGAGAGAACAGAACCAAACACUGCAGUUCCACCCCAAACGCACUGGGACAAACCGAGAGUGGAUCAUGUGACUUGUAGGCCUGACGCACUUGCUCCUGAUCCCAUGAAACAAAACACGCUCUGCAUGAGCUAUCUGCUGGGAGACAUCACAGACACAUUUGAGGCGUUCACUCUGAGCCUCCUCUCCUCUCUGAUGAUCUCUGGUCCAAACUCCCCCUUCUACAAAGCCCUGAUUGAGCCAGAAAUCGGUUCUGACUUCUCCUCUUCAGUGGGGUUUGAUGGCAGCACUAGACAAGCAUCUUUCACCAUCGGGCUUCAGGGCAUGAUGGAGGACGACACUGAGACGGUCAAACACAUCAUUGCUCAAACCAUCGAUGACAUCGUUACAACUGGUUUUGAAGAGGAGCAGAUUGAAGCUUUGCUGCAUAAGAUCGAGAUUCAGAUGAAACAUCAGUCCACCAGCUUUGGUCUAGCUCUCGCUUCAUAUAUUGCAUCCUGUUGGAAUCAUGAUGGUGAUCCGGUUCAGCUGCUGAAGAUCAGUGAGAGUGUGUCCAGAUUCCGGCAGUGUUUGAAGGAGAACCCUCGCUACCUCCAGGACAAAGUCCAGCACUACUUUAAGGAUAACACCCAUCGACUGACCCUUACCAUGAGUCCUGAUGAGAGAUUCUUGGAGAAACAGGCUGAAGCUGAGGAACAGAAGCUCCAGCAGAAGAUACAGGACCUCAGCGAUGCAGACCACAAAGACAUCUAUGACAAAGGUUUGCAGCUGUUGGCCGUUCAGAGCACGACUCAAGACGCUUCCUGUCUACCUGCAUUAAAGGUGUCUGACAUCGAGCCCAUCAUUCCCUACACACCGGUACAGCUGGGAACCGCAGGCGGUGUACCUGUACAGUGCUGUGAGCAGCCUACCAAUGGCAUGGUGUAUUUCAGAGCCAUGUGCAAUCUCAACUCCCUCCCUGAAGACCUGAAGAUCUAUGUUCCUCUGUUCUGCAGCGUCAUUACCAAGUUGGGUUGUGGAGAGCUGGAUUAUCGUCAGCAGGCCCAGCGUAUUGAGCUGAAGACUGGAGGCAUGUCUGUAUCGCCGCAGAUCAUACCAGACACUGAUGAUCUAGAUCUGUAUGAGCAGGGUAUUAUCCUGUCUUCUUCCUGUCUGGAGAGGAAUCUACCUGACAUGUUUCAGCUUUGGAGUGACAUAUUCAACAGCCCUCAUUUUGAUGACGAGCAGCGUCUGCGUGUGCUGGUCAUGAUGUCAGCUCAGGAGCUGUCCAAUGGCAUCUCUUACUCUGGUCACAUGUACGCGAUGACACGUGCGGCUCGAACCCUGGCACCCACAGCAGACCUGCAGGAGACCUUUAGUGGUAUGGACCAGGUGAAGUUUAUGAAAAGAAUAGCCGAGAUGACUGAUCUGACUUCAAUUUUGAGGAAACUUCCCCGGAUAAAGAGACACCUGCUGAAUCCCGAGAACAUGAGGUGUGCAGUGAACGCCACGCCACAGAAAAUGUCAGAUGCAGCUGGAGAGGUGGAGAGGUUUAUAGCUAAUAUAGCAGCCAACAGGAAGGAGCGCAAACCUGUCAGAUCAACCAUUGUGGAGAGAGCGUUAGGUCCUCAAGCUGGAUCAUCUGCAAGUCGUAAACUUAUCUCAGAGCCUAAUUUUAAACCCUGUCAGAUGAAGACGUAUUUCCAGCUUCCGUUUAAUGUGAACUUUGUCAGUGAGUGUGUGCGGACAGUCCCGUUCUCACACGCCGAUUACGCCAGUCUGUGUAUUUUAGCAAGGAUGAUGACUGCUAAAUUCCUGCAUGGAGAGAUCAGAGAAAAGGGUGGGGCUUAUGGAGGCGGAGCUAGAAUGGGAGGAGGCGGCCUUUUCACAUUUUAUUCCUAUAGAGAUCCAAACUCCACCCAGACAUUGUCAGCUUUCCGUGGCGGAGUAGAGUGGGCACGAGCGGGAAAGUUUACCCAGCAGGACAUCGACGAGGCCAAGCUCUCGGUUUUCUCUGCCGUUGAUGCACCUGUCGCCCCUUCAGAUAAGGGUUUGGGGCGUUUUUUAAACGGCAUUACAGAUGAGAUGAAACAAAGAUACAGAGAGAGACUGUUCGCUGUGACUGAUAAAAACCUAAUUGACAUUGCUGGCAGGUAUCUGGGUGUCGGUCAGCAGACAUGUGGAGUGGCUAUUUUAGGCCCAGAAAAUGAAAGCAUCAGAAAAGACCCAUCCUGGGUGGUCAAAUAGACAUUUUCCCCCCUCUCUUCUCAUUAUUAGAAUUGAGAAAGACACGCACAUGUUCCUGUAUCACGCACAAACCAGUCAUGUCCCAUUAGAAGAACGUGUUUCUUCCUUACAGGAGUCGCCAUGAGGAACAGAAGUGCUGAAACUACCCAAAUUAAACUCAUUAGUCUCUCAUUAGUUCACUAAAACUACAUUUGUUUACACAGCACAUAAAUGCUUGUAUGGUUCUGCAGUGUUGUAAUUUGAGUGAGAUUUAUAAAUUAGUAAUUAUUUAUGACAAUUACAAUAAAUGUGACCAUUGCUCUGUUCGAAA